AAAAUCUGCAUAUGUGUCCAACUAUAGAUCUACAAAAUGGAUUAGCUAGACGAAGAGCUAGAGGAAGAGUAGCCAAAUUUUUUUGCGUAAGGGGGUUUUUAUUGGCAGGGGAAAAACUCAGUACGUGUACUCGUGGUAAAUGGGAUCCAGAAAUUCCAAAAUGUGUGCGUCCAACGUGCAAAUCCCUAUCCCAACAAAACACUAAUGGCAACAUUUUAAUUUAUCCAACUCAUAGUGGUGCAGUUCAGCAUUUUUUCUGUAAAGCUGGCAACUAUUUAAAUGGUCCUAAAGAUAUUUACUGUAACGGUACAAUAUGGAGUAACAAUGUACCUACCUGUAUAGCUAAUAAUCAAAAGCCAUCACUAAGUUGUCAUUUCGAGGAUAUUAAUAUUUGUGGAUGGACUCAUGACCCAAACCAUGAUUUUGAUUGGAAAAGAGAAAAUUAUAAUACACCAAGUGGAUCCAUAGGUACCGGACCAAGUUAUGAUCAUACCAAAGGAAAGGGUCAAGAUGGUUACUACAUGUAUAUUGAGUCAUCAUCAAAGUCUGAAAAUGACAGCGCCAGAUUGAUUUCACCAGUAUAUGACGUUGGUAGUGAUGAUCUUUGUUUUAAAUUUUAUUAUCACAUGUUCGGAGCUACAAUAGGAACUCUUCGUGUAUAUUUAAAAACAAUAAAUGAAAGUUGGCAAUUAAAUCCGGAAUCAGCUUUCUUUUCAAUAAGUAGAAAUCAAGGAGACCAGUGGCAUCUAAGUCUCACUCAUCUUGGGAGUAUUACCGAUCAAUUUCAAAUAAUCAUUGAGGGUGUCAGAGGUAAUGGGUAUGUAAGUGAUAUAGCUAUAGAUGAUGUAGAACUUAUUCCGAAUUGUGAAAAUGAAGAAGAAUUUACGACAAACAUGUACAGUAGUACAGAUAGUGAAGUGAUUCCAAUAAUAGAUACUUGUGAAAACCGCUGUGGACAAAUAGAAAAUAUAACGGAAUUGUAUCAUUUAACAUGCGACUGUGAUGAUGAUUGCUUUGUUAGUAAUAGAUGUUGUCCUGAUUAUUAUGAUACCUGUACAGAGGUUCUCCUAAAAAUGAAUUUAAAACAAGUUUUAAUGGUGCA